UCCCAAUUCCUAAGCUGGAUGGGAUCUGCAAAGCCUGCGGGAGGGCAAAAUGUUGGGGGCUCCGUGCUAAGCAGGUGCAGUGCAAUGCCAGAAGUAAAUACUGCCUCACUGCAAACUGUGGAGUAAGGACCAGAAUUCAACAAGCCCUUGUCUUAUAAAAGAAGAAACUCAGCCAAAGGGAUACUUUGGCGAAGCUGCCUUCUCUGGGGGUUGCAGGUGUUUAGAGCUAAUUCAUCACAAAAGUACACAGAAACCCUGUUUACAUCUGAUGUAACUGAAGUUAAGGGACUGUUCAGUACUUCCCAAGUGCAACUAAAAUUCAGUGCAUGUUCUAGUGCAUGCCAGCUCUGUAGAACAGUUUAGAAUAGGGAAGGAGUGUGCAAAGUCGUCAAUAGCAUGUAUAAGAUCAACUUCUACGGCUGCAUCUUGUUUCUAACAUGCAUCAGUUUUGACAGGUACAUCACCAUUGUUCAAGCAACAAAAGCUAAAUCUUCCAAGAAAAGGCGGAUCCUGCGCAGCAAACUCGUGUGCAUGGCUGUCUGGCUGGCAUCUGUCAGCCUGUGCCUCCCUGAGAUCAUGUACAGCCAGAGCAAGCAGAUCGGUGCUGUGACGGUCUGCAAAAUGACGUACCUGCCCAACGUUGGCAUGGCCUUCAGAGUUGCCGUCCUGGCUCUGAAAGUCACUAUAGGCUUCUUCCUCCUGCUUCUGGUCAUGGUUAUUUGCUACACCCUGAUCAUCCACACCCUCCUCCAAGCCAAAAGAUGCCAAAAGCAGAAGUCCUUAAAGAUCAUCAUCAUGAUCAUCACUGCCUUUCUCCUCUCUCAGUGCCCAUACAACAUUGUUUUGCUGAUCAAGACCAUCAACAUGUACACCGGGGCGGUGUACAGCUGCCAGACCAUCAACGGGCUGGACAUUGGGCUGCAGGUCACCCAGAGCAUCGCCUUCCUCCACAGCUGCCUCAACCCCUUCCUCUAUGUCUUUGCCGGGGAGCGCUUCAGGAUGGCACUGGCCAGGAUGGUGCGGAGCACUGGCCGCUACUGGCUUGGAGGCCAGGAGCAGUGCUCCUCCUUGGGUGACAGCCAGGACCACAGCUCCAACUGGUCCUUUGCCAUGCUGGGGCGGCGGCGGGUGAGGAACUCACUCACCCUCAGCACCCAUUUGGCCUCCUCUGUUGUUCCUGCCUCGUCCCAAAUCCUUGUGUAAGCCAGUGUCUCCUGAGGGGUAUCUAGUAUGUCCUUUCAGACGUCGUUCCUGCACCCUGAAGAUUGCCUUGGAGGAGGGCUGGCCUCCGUGGUUGUGUCCAGGACUAAGCAGGGACACUGAGGGCCCUACAUGUGCCUUCUUUGUGCCCUGCCAAGCCAGACCAGGCCUCGCUCACGUAGGGAAGUGAAACCUUCAGCACCAUGCAGCAAAAUGGAGCCAGGCAUGUUGUGAGCCAAGCUGAUGAAGGAUAAGAGCUAUCUCUGAGGCAGCUCUUAGAACCCAUCCAUGGCUCAAAACACAGCCCAAACAGCAAACCUCUCAGGAAAGCCAUGAGCAGCAUGCAAGGAUGAACCAUCUUCCCAUCCAUGGGGAGCAGUGAGAAGGAGCUGGGCCCUUGCUGCAGGCCAGCUCCACAAUAACUCAAUUUUUGGCCAUUGCCUGGUUUCAGAAAGUGAAGGCUGUUCCCUGCACACAUGGACACAAUGCUGCUUUGUGGGACAGGCAAAGGAAAGCUAAUAUUCUGUACUCACUACAGAAUUAAAUCCUUCUCCUGUAUUUUAGCUCUUUGAUGUAAGAAUUCAAGGCCAUUGGAUGCUCUGAGUUUUCUGUCCCUGAGCACCCAAACCCCAAACCGACGAUUCAACAAACCAUCAAUUAUGAGCUGGUACCUUUGCAAUGACGACAAAAGACGUUUAACCCAGAACUGAUGAGACAGAGAGUCGUAAGACCUCAAACCCAUCGUUAGCAACAUUUUGGUUGAGAUGCUCCUCCUGGGGCUGGUGGGGUACAAGGUGCAUGUAGGUGGGAGCUGCAGCAAGCCUAAGUUUCUUGGGAACUGGGAAGGGCCGACAUUGGCACCAGAAGAGCAUGGGAGCUCUGCGGUACCACAAGGCUCCCAGCAAUCCCAAUUCCCACCCCCGGCACCCCUGAGUUUAUGCUGCUUGUUUUAGUGCUCAGGAGGCUUUCUUGUAAAUAACCAAUUUGAAUCAUCUGCUUUGGCAUUAGGUGACUAUCAGUCAUUAAAGCAUCUUGGUAAACACCGGUUUUCUGCAAGGCUUGGCACUGCUUUCCUUACUAACACAGUAAAUCUGGGGUUCUACUUUGAUAUACAUUUUUUGAGGGCUUUUUACCGUUUUUCUUUUUUUUCCUUAGAGAAAUAAAUGCUGAAAGAGAUGUGCAUUUUUUCCUGUAUGUGUAAGGGCGGCAUUUGUGAUUUGCGCAGAGCUCUGUAGAGAGUGUUAUUUACAGCUGGUUAGCUGAGAAGGGUCGUAAACACAGUGCAGCUAAGCAAGCAGCCAUACCACCUGCAAGGACAGCAAGAACAACGGGAUGCCCUGUGAUGGUGAGAAACUAGCCAUGGUUUUGUGAACUCAGCAAGGGAGUAACUUUCAGGAUGAAAUCAACAAGUUGCAAAGAUACUUGGGGAUGGUAUGUAAUUGGGAACCAAUGAUGAGCUCCGCUUUUGCAAUAUGUAUGAGCUAAUUAUCCGUAUUAUAAAUGUACACACAGCCAAGGAAUAAACAAGAUUAGCUGAUCAUAUGUCAAUGA